UCAGUUCUGGCUGCCGGUGGAAAUGAGGAAGACCAUUCCCCAGCAGGACCAGCGCUGGAUUGCGUCCACGCUGUGGAGGAACCAGCGGCUGCGCCCGGACGUCCAGCUCUGAUUAAUUCCAGAUGACCAAAAAGCUGUCUGGAGCCGCCAAGGGGACGGCGCUCUGGGUAUCCUCCAUCAGCAACGAGAAGGGGCAGGUCCUGAUCAGCGUCCUGACAGCCCAGGAGGGACCUGGACUGGACCGGAUGGUGUCAGGCCUCAUCAGGCGCUACAGCGAGGCGGGCAUGGCUCCCCCUAUACUCCUCUAUGUGGACUGUGGCUGCUGCAAGGAGACGGGAGGGGAGAGCGAGCUGAAGGCCAGGUUCAGCGGCUGGCCAGACCUCGUCAUCCGGCUGGACGUCUGGCACUUCCUUCGGCGGCUUGCGGCCGGAUGCACGACCGACGCCCACGCCCUGUGCCCCAUCUUCAUGGCCACGCUCUCCGUCUGCCUGUUUGAGUGGGACCCUGAAGAUGUGGCCCUUCUGCGCCACGCCAAGAGGGAGGAGCUCCGGAGGGAGGGUGUGCCCGGCAUCUCCGAGGCUCUGGUGGACAGCCGAUUGACCAAGGCCCAGUUGGCGCUGUACUGCAGGCGGAGGACCCGUGGAGAGGAGGCCACCAUCCGCCAGGUGGGGGCCCUGCUGCAGGAGCUGAUAGGGGACAAAGGCAGGGACCUGAUGGGUGUUCCCCUCCUGGACCGGGUGAGGAUGGAGCACAUCUGGCGGGUUCAGAAGAGGCACGUCAAGUGCAUCCAGGACCUGCCAGGUGUGCCUCUGUACACAAAGACCGGCACCACCACCACCAAGGACGGCGUCGUCCUCACCAAAUCCAGGUGUGCGCGAGGUUCAACGUCCCUGGAGUCCUCCCACUGCCACCUGAACCGCUUUAUUCCAGGGACCCGGGCCAAUGACCUGAACCUCCAGCUCUACCUGCUGGACGGGCUGAACCGGUGGAACCAGGACCGGGCUGCGGCUGCUGUGGCUGAGGAGAUGUCCGCUCUCCUCAGCUACUCGGGGGAGCUGGUACACUGUGUGAACACAUUUGGCACCAAUGUGUUUGGACUAGAGCUCGAGUACACUGGAGAGUUGAUAGGCAUUGACUACCUGUACAUGCAGACGGUGAAGUGCAUGCAGGACAUGGAUCCUGAGGGGGAGGAGACGGAACAGCUGCUGGAGGACCUGGGCGACGAGUCUGGAGGUCUUCUCUGCCCUCAUUUCAUUACCACCUGCUCAGCCCUCCACCAGUGGUUCCUGGUCCGCUGCUCCACCUCCUCCUUCUCCUCCACCACCUGCUCAGCCCUCCACCAGUGGUUCCUGGUCCGCUGCUCCACCUCCUCCUUCUCCUCCACCACCACCACCACCUGCUCAGCCCUCCACCAGUGGUUCCUGGUCCGCUGCUCCACCUCCUCCUUCUCCUCCACCACUGCUCAGCCCUCCACCAGUGGUUCCUGGUCCGCUGCUCCGCCUCCUCCUUCUCCACCACCACUUCCACCUGCGUCAGCUGCUGUCACCGCUCCGGGUGCCACCCCACAGGUUCCUGUUGAGCAGUUGGCAGUGGAUGAAAACAACAUCCCGGGCCGGGACAGGGUGGACCGCCUAGCCGAGUAUCUGGUGGGGCUGAGGAGCCAGACCAGCCUGGCCCUCAGCAACCGGGACGUCGGCAUCAUCGUCGGCCUGUGGGAGGACCUGCUGCCCUACGACCAGCAGAAGGCGGUGUAUCGUGCACGGCACCAGGACAGGCUGCUGACGGGGCGCUUCAGGUCGCCUAAGAAGAAGGGAGAGUUCACGUCGGGUGUGGACAGUUUGCGGAGAUGCACCAUAACAGCGAGUGCAUCUCCUGCACAGUGGCCUUCAUGCUGCCGCCUGGUUGAUGCCAUCUGUGUCAGGCUCUGCACCCUCCACCCUUCCCCUACCAAGAAGGGGAAGGGGUACCUCUCAAGGUCCUGAGAGACUACCGCAGGAUCAGGCAGCUCAUCCUGGCCAACGGGGCCGUGAUGUCCACCACCAGCCUGCAGCUGGUUGAGGUGAACCAGACCACCCUCAUCCAGUGGCACAACAGGAGGGUGGCCAGGCAGGGUGUCUCCGUGUUGUGCCGGGGUGUGGACCUGCCUGCCCCCGUGCCUGUUGCCACCGUGGUCUUACCUCCGGGUAUGGACCGCCCCGCUGUGGCUCCUCAAACCCCGGGCCUGGUGAAAUAUUCCUACCACCUCCCGGAGAGCCCAGCGGGGCGGGCCAAAAUGAACCGGAGGGCCACAGCCACUGCCACCGCAGCCGUAGCACCAUCACCAGCACCAGCAACGGCACCAGCAACGGCACCAGCAACGGCACCAGCAACGGCUGUGAGGCCCAGGAUGAAGACAGCCCAGAGGCGGCUGUUUCCCUGUCCUCCCACCCCUGCCCCUGUCAUCAGCAGCACCCCUGCUCCAUUUGUUUUUGCCCUCCCCCGGGCCCCUACUCCCUCCGGCACUCCUGCCCUCACCCAAUCCCUCCCUAGCACAUCAUUCCUCCCGGUCAACCCCCUGUUGCGCUACCCUCACGCCCAGCCCCCCAUUAUGUUUGCUGUCCCCUCAGCAGUGCCUCCCCAAGCCCCACAACGGAAGAGGCCGUACAACAGGACUGGGGAGGCAAAUAAAUGCAGGAGGUGUGGGGAGCCCCGGAGUGCAGCGACUGGCCACAGCUAGUACAAGGGGACAAUCUACUGCCCCUCCUCCGAGUCCCUGACCAAGGAGCAGUGGUUGGCGGAGAGGAGGAAAUAAGAUCACCAGUGUAUACUAUCUAUGUUAUAUGUUAAAAUAAACAUGUUUAUAUAUUAACAAAUGUUUUAAGAAUUAUUUGCUGGUCCUCUUAUUCGAAUCAUUAGCCAGAUCCACUCCACAAGAGGAAGCACCAUACUACUAUUGCAAUAUAAUAUGCACACAAAAUGAUUUAUAGUUGAAAUACUUGUAGGUUGAAGAUGGAGGCUAAAUUGAGCCCACAGGUCACAAUACAAAUAAUAACUAAACAAGUAGCUUGCUAAAGAGUGCACAGGUGUGCUGUGAAUAGCUGUAUGGCUACAACAAUAGUGGAAUAGAAAGUAACAUAGUAAUUAGAAUAUUCCCAUUAAAAUAAGUGCAUAUGUGUGUCAAUGGAGGGCAAGGGUAAUUAUAUUUGCGCAAGAGAUCUUGAGUACAUCCAUGAAUGAACCAAAAAAAAGGAUUGUCACCGGUGGGACUUGAACCGCCGACCUUCUGUUCCAAGGCUGAAGAAUUGCAAACAAAACUCGACAUUCUCAGGUUUUUAUUUGUUUUUUAUGUAAUGAAAUGUUUUUUUGUAAUUUAUGUCCUAAAUUUCUCUCAUUCCCUUCCCUUUCCCCUUUUUCUCCCUUUUUCCUCUCUUUUUCCUUCCUUUUCUUCUCCCCCCUUUCCUUCCUUCUUCCCCCCCCUUAAAAGACUAUUGUUCCCCA